UUUGGUUUGAUGGUAAAAGCUCGUUACCACACUGGCACUAGGGCAGCCCCCUUCUUCUAGCACUGCCCUGUUGGGCUGUGGGCUUGGAACAUUCCUGCUUCCACCAUCAGACUGCGCCUCGCUGCCACGAUUUGCUCAGCAAUUUGAUACUUGCCUCGAGGAUGCGUGUGUGUGUGAGUGAGUGUGUAAGUGAGUGUAUGUGCUCGGGAAAAAAGACAGUUGUACUGCGAGAGUGAACGAGCAGAGAAAGAAAGAGAGAGUUUAGUCCGUAGCGUAGUGCUCAUUUGGCAGCUUCGCCCGGAGUCCGCGGCACGAGCUUCGUUCGUCUGCGUGACUUUGUAGCCUACUUCAUCCGCUGCACUCGCGGGUCUCGUGAGCUACCUACAGCCAGACAGAGAGAAGCUAAACCACUGUAUCCCGUGUUUUCUUCUUCUCCCUACUGCCCUGCACUCUGAGCCCGUGUCUAAUGGAGGGCCCAGUGCGGAUUUGCUGCCAGAAGAAUGCUUUUUGCUGCUAGCUUUCUCCGCCUGAGCUCCGCGUUUUCCCUCCGUCGGAAGGUGUGGUGUGUGUGUGGAGGGGGUGUGUGUGAGACCCCUGGUUAGUGGCCGGAGGUGAAGCUGCAUCAUGGACAACGGAGGCCUGAGAGGCCUGAAGGUUCUGUCCACUGUGCUGUGUGUCUGUCAUACCCUGCUCUUCAACUGCCCUUUUGUAUUAUCUCUCUCAUUCCGAACGCAGCCUGUCUCUGUGGUUCAGAAGCAGGGUGGAGCUGUUUUAUUGCGCUGUGUGGCGCGUCCCGCUUCGGCCAGCCUCACCUGGCUCUUCCAGGGUCAGCCCCUGCAGACUGGGGCCUUGCCAGAAGUGGAGGUCCAUCCAGGAUCCCUCUCACUGUCCUCUCUCCAGCCCCAACACACAGGCUCAUACCAGUGCGUGGCCCGUUUAGAUACAGAUGCCAUCGCUAGCCGGCAGGCACGAGUGACCAUUGCAAACAUUGAGGAGUUUAAGGAGACCCACCGGCGCUCACUGACAGUAAAAGAAGGGGACACUGCUGUUAUUCAGUGCCCGCUACCCCCAAGUAACCCUCCAGCUUUACCACGUUACAGAAUACGGGGCAAAUGGCUAGAGGAGUCUACCGGUCCAUAUUUAAUCCUUCCCUCUGGGAACCUUCAGAUAGUCUCUGUUUCCCCAGAACAUCAGGGCAUGUAUAAGUGUGGUGCAUAUAAUCCUGUUACCCGAGAGACCCGAGUAGAGGCCCACGGCACUAAGCUAAUAGUGAAAGACUCAGACAGUCCCUUCCCUGUGGGGAUAGUAUAUCCAGUCAACCCUGUUAACCUGACAGUGGAACAGUCCAUGUCUCUGGUUCUGGAAUGUGUAGUAUCAGGAAGACCCUCUCCUGUUGCUAAAUGGACAAAGGAUGGCCAUGAGCUGCUUCUGGCUUCCAGAUUGAGACUACAGCACAGUAACCUGGUGCUGAGUGAUGUUCAGUUAAGUGAUGGUGGAAACUACACUUGCUCUGUUCAAACUGAGGAUGGGGAUGUGGUCAGUGCCAACUAUACUGUGAAUGUGCUUGUGGCAGCUAGUGUAAUGAGAGCUCUGUCUGACCAGACUGUGUCUUCUGGCUCAUCUGUACAAUUCACCUGUGCUGUCUGGGGAGACCCGGCCCCUAAAAUCACCUGGCUGUUCAACUCUUCCCCACUUUUACCAUCAUCUCACGUCCAAAUAUCAGACUUCUCAUUGCGUAUUUCCUCAGUCACUGCUCAGGAUCAGGGCAUGUACCAGUGCCUGCUAGACAACGUGAUUGGUUCUGCACAGUCCGCUGCCAGACUUAGUGUCCAAUCAGGUGAAACUUCCCUGCCUGUAAUCCUGUCCCCUCCGGAGAAUGGCGUGUAUGCAGAGGGAGAGCCAGUCACUCUAUCCUGUAACGCCAGUGGUCAGCCUCUCCCUGUGAUCCGCUGGUACAACUCAGCAGGUCCCAUCGCCACUCACCCCGCCCUUUUGCUCCAGGCCCCGGGGGGUGAAGCCAUGCACCCCGAAGAUGCGCCAUCCCACCUCACCAUGUCCCGUCCUGGCAGCAGCAGCCUCUACAUUCAGACCGUGACCGCAGCCCAUGCUGGAAAAUACAUCUGUGUGGCCUCUAAUGAGCUGGGCUCCGUACAGGCCGAGGCAUUUCUGACCGUGGAACCUCAGUCCAGUUCCACGGUCGCUCCUGUGGAGACGCAAUCUACUGUUCAUCCAAUCCAGAAUGAUGAGGGGGAGGAGCUGUUUCUGCCUCUGGGAGGAGGUGAUGCAGUAGGUCCACCUACCGAGAGAAGCAGUGACAAACCCACGCCUGAGGCACCAAUCAUCAUCAGCCCACCCCAAACGCACAAACCCAACACAUAUGAUUUGGAGUGGCGGGCAGGGCGAGACUGGGGCAGUGCAAUCAACGCUUACUUUGUCAAAUACCGCAAGGUGGAUGACAUGGGGAACGUGGUGGGCAGUUGGCACACGGUGCGUGUUCCAGGCAGUGAGAAGAGCCUGCCUCUGUCAGACCUGGAGCCGUCCAGCCUGUAUGAGGUGCUCAUGGUGGCCCGCAGUGCAGCUGGAGAGGGACAGCCUGCCAUGCUUACCUUCCGUACUGGCAAGGAAAGGAGCUCCUCCUCCAAUAAAAACCCCUCCAAGGCCCCGUUUGUGUCUCAGCCUGAGAAAGCUCCGGAAGACAAAGCUGUCAACACACACUAUGGAGUUGUCAUACAUGACAGAGUUCCAGAGGCUCCAGAUCGACCUACCAUCUCAAUGGCGACAGAGAGUUCUGUAUAUGUUGCAUGGAUCCCACGAGCCAAUGGUGGCUCUCCGAUCACAGCCUUCCGCGUGGAAUAUCGAAAGCAGGGCCGCAGUGGAGACUGGAUCAUCGCUGAUGACAACAUAUCGCCUCUCAAGCUGUCUGUGGAAGUGCGCAAGCUAGAACCAGGUUCCACAUACCGCUUCCGCGUCAUUGCCAUGAACAAUUAUGGUGAGAGUCCUCACAGCGCCAUCUCCAGGCCAUACCAGGUAGCGAUGGUCAGUCCCCCCAUGUCUAACCGUCCCGUAGCUCCAGUGAAUGGCCCUCACAUUUCAUCUAUAGAUGCUGUCAGUGACACACAGAUCAUGGUGCGAUGGACCUACACUCCCUCCAGUAACAACAACACCCCCAUCCAGGGUUUUUACAUCUACUACCGACCCACAGACAGUGACAAUGACAGCGACUAUAAGAGAGACGUGGUAGAAGGCGUCAAGCGCUGGCACAUGAUUGGUCAGCUCCAGCCUGAGACAUCCUAUGACAUCAAGAUGCAGUGCUUCAAUGACGCGGGAGAGAGCGAAUACAGUAACGUGAUGAUCUGCGAAACCAAAGCCCGCCAGCCUCCAGGUGUUCCGAGCCAGCGGCCCAUCACCCCGCCGGGUGUGUACCCGCCCGACCCUCCUAGCUCAGCAGGUGGCCUGCUGUAUCUUAUUGUGGGAUGCGUGCUGGGCGUCAUGGUACUCAUCCUGCUCGUCUUCAUCAUCAUGUGCCUGUGGAGGAACCGCCAGCAGCACAACAUGCACAAGUAUGACCCUCCUGGCUACCUGUACCAGCCUGCAGAAAUGAAUGGCCAUGUUCUGGAGUAUACAACCCUGCCAGGCUCCAGCCGGGUCAAUGGCAGCGUUCAUGCUGGCUAUGGCCACGGAGGGCCCGUCAUGGCCCAGGGUUGCCAUCACCUCCACCACAAACUCCCCAAUGGCCUUACACUGCUCAAUGGCUCUGGACCCCUCUAUCCUUCGGGGCAUUCUCACAGCCAUGACACCCCACUGCCCCACAGCACCAUGGACUAUGAGCACCCACACACACACCACAUCCACAAUGGGGGAGGAAUGUACACAGCUCUGCCCCAGACGGACUCGUCUGACUGCAUGAACUGCCAGAACUUCUGUAACAACAACAGGUGUUACACGAAAGCCAACGGCAACUUCUCCAGCGGCACUCUUCCCCUAAUGCACCGUGUGGCACAGUGCCAACUUGACGGCCUUGAGAUGGUGCCCCUGAACCACAACUCUCUCCGCUGCAGUGGCGACGACAACCCGCAGCUCCACGGGAACAGUGAGCAGGAGGCUGCCGUGGAAACAGUGGAGGACACAGCCCUGACCCCUACCCACAAUCCUUGCCGUGUGCCAGUGGAUGCUGAGCCAGGCGCCGAGCAGAGGAGAGAACCAGAGGAGCCGGUGCAGUGUGUGGACUCUGAUGGGCCGGUAGUCUGCUGGGAGAGGCUAGGUUUGCCUGAUUUGGACUGUAAAGAUAAAACAGCCUGGAUCUCCUCUGCAAGUUUGACUGGAGAUCUUAUCCAGCCCACAGUGCAGGAGAUCUGAACACAUACAUAAACACAUACACGCCACAUAAACACACACAAACAGUUUUACAUAUACACACCCCAAACAUUCAUACAUACAUGGACUGGGAAAGGAACAUGCAACAGAAGAGGCAGGAAACCGCAUACAAGACAAAGAGAUGGCCAGUGAUGACAUGAUCAGAGACUAUGUGUAAACUGAAGGGCACUAUACUAACUGACCAAGCUGUAUGUGGAUAAGUAAGGAGAAGUGAGGGAUAUAGAAAAAGAAAGAAUGAAAAAAAAGCAUGUAAAAAGACACAGAAGGAUAGAUUUUCGAAGAGAUGAAUCUAUUCCAUCUGUGGGAAGGACCCUUGAAAAAAAAAGAAAAGAAACUCUUUAGAUGACUUAUUUAUUUUUUUGUAGUAGUAAAAUAUUAUUUCAUAUGAAUGUACCUGUUUUAAGAAAAAAAGUUCAUCUUUUAUAUUAUUUAUGCUUUUUGGAUGAGAUACUUUUUAUUUUUUUGUCAUUUUAUUUGUCGUUUUAUUUUUGUCUCCUGUGUUCCACGCAGUGUGGAGUUUAGCCAUUGUAUGUGUAAAGUUGUGUAAUAAUAUAAAGAGAAGAUAUGGAAGAGACA